AUGGAGAUGGAGCUGCAGCAGCAGCAACAACAACAGUGUCCCUCCCUCGACCAAAUGGCGGUCUUCUCGCCCGGCACUAGCGAGCCCCCGACGUCUCUGCACUGGUUCCGACUGGACGCCCUGCGCCUCCACGACAACCCUGCUUUCACCAAGGCCGUUUCCUACGGCAUGCGGUUCCGUGCCGUUUUUAUCAUCGACCCGUGGUUCAAUGGGAACUACAGCGGUGGUCCCAGCGUCAACGUCUGGCGGUUCCUCCUGGAAUCUCUCCACGACCUGGACUUUCAGCUGCAGAAGGUUCCCUUCAACACACGUCUGAACGUCGUGGUGGGCCACCCUCUCCUCCUCCUCCCGCAAAUCUUCCAGAAGUGGAACGUGAAGGCGCUCACUUUCCAGGCCUCACAGACCAGCUACGAGUCGAUGCACCACGACAGCAUCGUCAAGAUGAUUGGUAAGGACCACCAGGUAGACGUCAAUCCCUUUUUCAGCAACACCCUCUACCACCCCAUGGAGGUCAUCUCGGCCAACGACGGCCAGGUCCCGAUCACCUACAAGCAUUUCCGGCAGGUCAUUCAGAGAAUCGGUAAGCCACAAGAACCGCUCCACCUCCCGGCGACCUCCAGCAUCCUCAAUACACUCCCUCCCAGCGGCGAAAUCGAACCACCGCUCGGGAGCAUCCCUACUCUCCAGGAACUGGGCUUCGAUGCCAGCAAGGCUCUGUACACCAACUCCUGGGCCGGCGGAGAGACAGAGGCGCUCUGUCGGCUCUUCCGCUACGGGAUGUCUCGCAUCGAGUCCAUGCACGACCCGACUCGCUGGCUCCUGUCCAAGGACGCCCUCAGUCCCUACCUUCGCUUCGGGUGUCUCUCUGCUCGCCAGGUGUUCAGCCAGCUCCAGCAGUUUGCCUCUGUCUCCACGCGUGGCCAGCAACUCUUUAAACAAACGGCCAAGAACCUUCUCCUUCGCGACUUUGCCUACCUUGUGGGCUCCACCACGCCAAAGUUUGACGUCAUGGAAGGAAACCACCUGUGCAUCCAGCUCCCUUGGGACACCAACCAGGAGUUUCUCUCCUCUUGGCAGGAGGGCCGCACGGGCUACCCCUGGAUUGACGCCAUCGUCCGCCAGUGUCGCAAGGACGGUUGGGCUCAUUUCAUGGCCCGUCAGAGCAUAGCCGUGUUUCUCACGCGCGGCUACCUCUGGAUCUCCUGGGUUCUGGGCAAAGACUUCUUCCACAAGUACAUGCUCGAUUUUGAGCUCCCGGUGUCCACCGUGUGUUGGAUGCAGAGCUCUUGCUCCGGGUUCUUCUGCAACCAGGUGGAGAGCUUUGACCCGUGCCUUAUCGGGAAGAAGAUGGACAUGAACGGCAUGUUCAUAAAGUCGUAUGUCCCCGAGCUCGCCAAAUAUCCGAGUGAGUACAUCCACUACCCGUGGAAAGCUCCUCACUACGUGCAGCAGCAGGCCGGAUGCAUCAUUGGCACAGACUACCCCAAACCAAUCGUCGACGUGUGCGAACAAGGACAGCUGUGCUGCAAACGCAUACAGUCCAUCAUGAGCUCCUUGCACAAAGUGUUCAAUGAGAGCUGA